GGGGGGCGGGGCGGCGGCCGGCGGGCAGCGCGACGGUCCCGGAGCUGAGGUACCGUUGCCGCGACUCCGCCGCCGGGAGGGUGCCAGCCUUGGGGAGUGGGCGGGCGCGCGCAGCCGGGCGGGACGCGGCAAGGGCCGCGCGGGGCUUGGCAACGGCCGCGCGGGGCCCGGCGGCGGCGCUCAGCCCCACGGCUGAGCGCUGUCGGCGGCGGAGGGCCGCGGCCUGCGUGCUAAGGGGGGCUGCGGCCGGCGGUGCGCGGCGUUUGCAGUUCGCUUCCCCUCGCUGUGUCGGGGAUAAGGAGAAGUGCCGGGCUUCGCUGGUGAAAGGACACGUAGCGGGGCUUCUCUUCUUGCUACCGCUGCAGAGCUGUGAUGGACAGUCACCAGGCAGAAGUUCAGAGUUUGAAGCUAGAUAAUGAUUCAGUUAUAGAAGGAAUAAGUGACCAGGUACUGGUGGCAGUUGUGCUCAGUUUCACUUUCAUUGCUGCUCUGAUAUAUACGCUUUUAAGAAAUGAACAUCAGAACAUACAUCCAGAAAAUCAAGAGCUAGUACGAGCUCUUCGGCAGCAGCUUCAAACUGAGCAGCAGGAUGCUUCUACUGGUGACAGACAUCGCUUCUAUACAGACAUGUCUUGUCCAGUCUGUUUGCAACAAGCUACGUUUCCUAUAGAAACAAACUGUGGGCAUCUCUUCUGUGGUUCCUGCAUUAUUGCAUACUGGAGAUAUGGAUCAUGGCUUGGUGCCAUCCGUUGUCCAAUUUGCAGACAAACGGUGACGUUGUUUUUACCACUCUUCAGUGAAGACCAGCAGGGUGCAACACAAGUAUUACAAGAUGUUAAUGAUUACAAUCGGAGGUUCUCAGGACAACCCAGAUCUAUUAUGGAAAGAAUUAUGGAUCUGCCCACUCUACUGCGGCACGCAUUCAGGGAGAUGUUUUCUGUUGGAGGCCUCUUCUGGAUGUUUCGCAUCAGAAUAUUCCUCUGUUUGUUUGGAGCCUUUCUCUACCUGGCAUCGCCUCUGGAUUUUCUUCCUGAAGCUCUUUUUGGAAUUCUGGGGUUCUUGGAUGAUUUCUUUGUCAUUUUUCUUCUGCUGAUAUAUAUUUCCAUCAUGUACCGAGAAGUGGUAACCCAGCGGCUGAAUAGAUGAAAUGGCUGAAAGUCACCCAGACACAGAGAUGGAGUGUUUCAAAAAGAGAACCAUAAGUGUGGAAUAGCAAGGUGCCUGUGUACAGUUUCAGUAGUUAUAAUUCCAUAGCUUCUAGUUGAUCAUCUUAUACAAAUAUGAAAGGUUAGUGUGUGGUGAUGCUUAACUGGAAUCUUUAACUUUUGUAUUACAUAUGCUUCACAGUGAUGAGGUCAGUUUUAUAAUGUAAUGAACUACCUUCAUCUGCUUAUACCUAAUGAGCAAUUGUAUGUGAUCAAAGGAGAAAACACCUCUUUUGGUGUGAUUUGUGAAAAAAAGAGGUUCUGGUAAAGGACUUAAAGGAAAAAAAAUAUGUUUGGUACUCUAGACAUGCGUAAAGAAAUUCAAAACUUCUUUGCAGGACAAUUAUCAAUAUGUUUAAUGUCUCACUGUUGUGGGCUUUUAAAUAAGAGUAGCUUUGUGUAUCUCUGUGGGAGAAAUCAAAUGACCGCAGUACCGUUACCACCCUGCAGUUUGCUACUGUCCGCUUGCUUCACAGAAACAAGGGGAACACCUCAGUAUUGCUUGAGCUGCACUGUGUACGGUUGCAUGCCAUUCGUACAAUUUUAUUUUUAUACUUUAUAAUAAUGCACUCACCAUAUGAUCUACAAGGAGAAACCUACGUUAUGCGUGCCAGACUGGCUAGUCCUCUGCUUUUUAAUGGGAGCAUGGUUUUUUUUCCUCUGAAGCUUGUUUAUUCAGUGGGUAUGUAGGGUAUGUACCGUGAAGGUGGGUUUUUUUAAUGCAGCUUUAGGUCAGUGCAGUGUAUCUGCAUUGGACAUUUGCAUGCCGUUAGCUGCAUUAAGCAUUUAGGCAAUAGAAAGAACCCUCCGAUUUUAGACAGUGAUUAUAGAAGUCAGAACUGGAUGUUUACACUACAGAACUUUACCAGAUUGUAUAUUUUCAACAUGAAUAUUAAACAGCUUAGAUAUGAGGGCGUUUGAUUUUCCCAUGGGGUUUUCUUGUUUGAUUGACUGAUUGAUUUCGAUGUGGGUAGAGGGUAUGUUGAAUUAACUUGAAAAAGAUCCUUGAGUUGGGACCACAAAAAAAAAGUCCUGAAAAUGUUUUCAAAAUGACUGGGCUAUUGAUGAUCCCUAAAGGUUGGUUGGUUGGUUGGCUUGUUUGUUUUUGUUUUGUGGGGGGAGUCGAGUAGAGAGAUGUUUCGGUGGUGGUGAUUUUUUGCUGUAAUAUUUUUUAAUAUUUUUUUCAGGGGGGGGGGGGGGGGGAGGGGAGGGGAAGGGAAGGGGUCAGGGGCUUUUUUUUGUUGUUUGUUUGUUUUGCUUUUCUUUUUUUUUCUGUUGAAUUUCAGUAUAGGCUAUCAGAACUACAGAAUUCAUUUGAAAAUAUUUUCAUUUUAUGAAAGGGAAUGCCACUAGAAAGCUCAAAAAUUUUCUGUUUCUGUGUACAAUUUAGCUAGAAAACUUAGGACAGAUAAUUAGUUAGGAAAGAUAAUUGUCGUUUUACUUUAACUUCCUGAGUACUUGAAAGACUGUGACGAGACAAGUGAUUCUUUGCAUGUUUACAUAAUAUACUAUGAGGCUUAAAAUGAAAGGGACCUUUUCACAGCUUCUCUGUGUUGCCUAUGUGAGCACCUUUCCACAGCUUCUAGUACCUAGGGUGAGAGAACUGGUGCUGUUCAGCAUGGAGAAGAGAACGAUCCAGGGAGACCAUAUAGUGGCCUUUCAGUAUCUAAAGGGGUCUGCAAGAAAGAAGGGAUCAGACUCUUCAGCGGAGUCUGCUGUGAUAGCACGAGGGGAAAUGGUUUCAAACUAAAAGAGGGGAGACUUAGACUGGGUAUAAGGAAGAAAUUUUUUACAAUAAGGGUGGAGAGGUGCUGGCAUAGGUUGCCCAGAGAAGUUGUGGAUGCCCCAUCCCUGGAGACACCCAAGGUCAGGCUGGAGGGGCUCUCAGCACCUGACGUAGCUGUAGGUGUUCCUGUUCACUGCAGAGGAGUUGGACCAGAUGGCCUUAAGGGUCCCUUCCAACUCAGGAAGAUGACAAAAUUGACAUCUGAAGUAUCGUUCUGUGGUUGAUACUGGCAAUUAUCCCUCAGUACUUUGAAAGUAAAUUCACUGAUUCUUCACUUGAAAAUUUGCUGUUGAAAGUCCAACAAUAUUUUAGAAAUGAACUGGAAGGCUAAAUUUUUCCCUGUUGCUAUGUUUGUUGCAGGACAAGAAGAGAAACAGGAAGUGAAACAAGGGUAGGAGGAGGAGAGCAGGACAGAAAAUGACAUUUUCGUAAGCAACUACUGUUGGUUUUGGCAAACCAGCAGUUCUUGAGCAUCCUAGCUGAGCUUUUCUCUCUGUUUUGGUGUUAUUGUAUGGUGAUGGUUUAGUGGCUACCUCAGUUAAAUCUUCAAGGUAUUACUGAGUAAGCGUGGGAUAUUCAUAAACUUAGGUAAAGCAAGGUAAUAAUUUAGAAUGUUAGAUAAGGCAGGAUUUUGUAGUUUUGCUGUUAAGCAGUAUUUUUGUUGUUGUUGCUGUUUCCCCAAUAGAUCCAGCUGCGUGCAAACUCCAGAAAGUAUUUUUUUAAUCAAGUUAAUUUAACACCUCUGGAGUUUAGCUUGUGGGUCUACCUAGAGAAUCAAGUGAACUGCUGCUGUAGGACAACUGGAGUCUGUUCAUAGAAUCCGUCAAUCUAGUACUUCCCACACGUGUUUAUCCUUUGAUAGUGGUUGUACUUUUUGCCAUGACUCUCUAAAUCUAGAGUGAAUAGAGAUGGAUGUGAAACUGCUUAGUGAUUUGUUUUCAUUAAGCUCCUUAAUUCCACAUGAUACUGUGAAAAAGGUUCAUGGAGAAAUAACCUAAGGUAUUCCUGAAGAGAAUAACCUCUUCCUGAAGAGCAGACCUUUUGUACCUGAAAGCAUGUACAUGCCACAUCUACGUAGCUACAUAAAAGUUACCUGUAUUCUGUUCACCAUUUCUCUGCUAGCCAGAAUGAUUUCACUUGGAGUCCUCUGCUUACUUUUGAGUGUUGAGUAACAUUGUAAGCUUUAAUUCAGCACAGUAAACACUUGACAGAGUUAAGAUCAUCCUGUCUUUUCACCAGUGUGUGCUUUUUUGUUGUUUUGUUUUGUUUGUUUUGGUUCUUCAAGACACUAGUGAACAGUAUUAUGACUCACUCAGGCUUUUCUUUUUUUUUUGAACAGCUGCAAUGUGAAGAUGCAGCUGACCAGCAGUGCAUGGCUGCUGCUCCUCCAGGCAAAUCUGAACUAGCUCCAGGUUAACUGUCUUGGGUGCUGCUAUCAUACUGAGCUUAAUUGAAGCUGUAGAGCUCCCAAGAAGCUGGAGGUAAAUACAUGACCGUUUAAUAUUCCUUAAGUAUAUACUGCCAAGUUACCGUGGUAGCAGUGUUCAAUGUAAGUGCUACACAUGAGCACUAGCUUCAGAAUGUGAAAGAAAUACAUGAUGCUUUGAGGGGAGCAAACAUCACUGCAGUUUUGUUGUGUGGAAUGGGGCAACCAUGUCACUAAGUAAGAGGAGGAGAAAGGCUUCAGUAGAAAAGAAUGAAUAUGGGGGAAAACAGUGUUCUUAAAAAAUUCUUAAAGCUUCACCAAAAUCUGUGAAAUAUUUCAUUAUUUCAGCAGUAUUAACAAAAAGGAAAAGUUAUGUUUCAGAAUUCUUACAGAAUAACUUGUAGCAUCUUGAGGCCUAAUGAUAACCCUUAUCAGAAGCACUGUAUAAUGCAGUCUGUUUCUAUGUUGUUUGUGACUCACACCAUUGAUGCCUGUGAGGAUAGGGCAGAGUGGUGUAAUUUGGGGAUGCAAUUUUGCAAUAGGUUUCGUAGAACUGUAAUAGAGACCUGUGUGUUACACUAGAUUUUUAAGACAAAAAGAUUUAAACCUACUUCUUGUUACUUUUAAUGAUAAUAAAUUGCUAUUAAAGUAA